AUAAACUGAUAGUAUAGUAUACGUCUCAGUAUUGCUCAGUAUGUGUUCCUGUAUCCUAGGACUGGAAUGUCUCUUUUUGUACUAUUCUAGAAGCGAAAAUAUAUACGAAGGCGGUCGUCAGUCGUCAUUGAGACAGCGUUCGCGUUUGUUACCGCAAAUUUUGUAACUAUUUGUGACACAGAGUGUGAUAUGUAACUCGUAAAUUCAAUCUGAUCUUACACCGAGAUAGGCAGGAUCAUGCAAAGGUCCAUUGAUCGGGAAAUGCUGAAACGAAAACGAUGCAGAAAGGACCUUGACAGAAUACAUUCGAAGAUCUUAAAAGCCAAGAAGAAAUUGGAUAAUGUGGGGAAAAAUGGCGAUAAGGAUAGACAAAGACAAGCAAAAAUUUGUACCAGGCUUCUGCCAAGAGCUGCUAUUGGCAUAUACAGAAAUGGCGCAAAGAGCAAAGACAUCCAAAAAGAAACAUCGGCAAGUUUGUUUGAUAAAGCUCGGCUAAAAGCAGAUGCUUUACAACUUUUUAAUGGCGACACUCCAGAAUUCAAAUAUAAAGAAGAGCUUUCAACCCAUAAUGAAACUACUAAACAAUCACCAGAAAAGAACUUUGUAAAAAAUAGUUUAAAGUUCUCGACACCAGGCAGUAUCCUGGAGCAAAGUCCCAUUUUGGGAAAGAAACAUAGUAAAAAUCAAAAGCUGUAUCUUGUUAAAAAGAAAAGUGAGGAAAAUUUGUUCAAGAACUUUGAUUCUGAUAAAAUUGCAAAACAAAAUGUUAAUAAUGAAUCAAAAUAUGUUGCUCAAAAAGAAAGCAUAUAUAAGCAAAAACUGUUUCGAAAUGAUAAAGAACAACCAAAAGCUACUCAAAUGCAAAUAUUUGAAAAUGACGAUUUUAUGGAAGAAAAUAGAGAAAAUGAAAACAGAACACAAACACAUGAGGAUAGUAAAAAUACAUAUAGGGUUAUGAAUCAGUAUAAAGAACUCUGCAAAACAGACUUUGCCAUAAGUUUUGGAGAUUUUCUACAAAAUCAACCAGAUCCUUUCACAACAAUAAUUAAAAAAUUGAAGCAUAUUUGUUCUAAUUCUUUACAUGAACAAUAUUUACGUCGAAAGAAUAGAUUAAAAACUAUGAAAUCAUCUGAAUCGUCUGUAGAAAAUCAAGAAUGUACAUAUUCAGAUGACUCGCAAAUAUCACCGAAAUCGACCUCGACUAUCGAAUAUGAAGUUCCUAAACAUAGCGAAAAUCGCACAAUCUCACCUUUUUUAAAAGAGAUACCUAAGGAAGAUGAUAAAAUCCAUUUUAUGCAAAGUGAUAAUAUAGAACCUUAUGAUUCUAUAUCUUAUUCAUCGCAGAAUAUUUUGGAAGUAUGUGAUACAAAUGACUGUAUAGUAAAUCGCAAGAAUAACGAUAAUCAAUAUUCAAAACAAUCAGCAGAUAUUCAUCAAUCUAAGAGAGCAGUAAGUUUUAAUUCUGUGAAUGAAAAAGAUUCUAUCCGAAAGCAUUCUAAUUAUAUUAAUCAUCCUUCGAAAAAUAAACGACAUAACAAAGAUAAUUUUUAUGUCGAUUUUCCUGAUCAUGAAAAUUCACAAUAUAUUGAUAAUACGAAACACGCAGAAAUCUCGCCUUUUUCCAGCGGUUCCAUGUUACUUGCCAAGAAAUAUUCAUCAAAAGAUUAUGCUGGCAAAGAAUCGCCGAUUAAUAUUUUCAACAGAACAAAUAAGUGUAAUGCAAAGAACAUUAAACGACCUGUCAUUCUUCAUCGACAUAAUAAUGUCACUGCUAUUAAGGAUAAUCAUUCUGUACAGAAGAAUGAUGAAGAUUUAUUCUAUAAGAAGAGUUAUGUAGAAAAAUUAUAUGAGCAAUUUGGAAUCAAUAUAAAUAAUAAAAGUCUAGAUAACGAUAGAUAUGCUUAUGUUGAUUCUUCUCGUCAACAACUUUUACACGAAAAAAAUAAACAAAAAUUGGAAACUGUGAAAUCACCUGAUCUGUCUGAGGAAUAUCAAGCUUGUACAUAUUCAGAUGUUUCACUAAUAUCACCAAAUUCGACUUCAAUUUUUGAAAUCGAUUGUGAAAUUCCUAAAUAUAGAAAAAAUCACACAAUCGAAUUUCCUUUAAUAGAAAAUACAUCUCAGAAAGAAAACAAAUUCCAUUUGAUGCAAAAUAAUACAGAUCCUUAUAGCGAUAUUACAAAAGAAUCUUAUGAAAUGCAAUUCCCAAAUGCAUCUGAAAAUUGUCCUACGCCUAGUGUAAUAAACGCACAAUUUGUGAAUUUUUAUGAUCAAACAAAAACGUUUAAGCCUCAGAAUGGAUCAAUGGAAAUAAAAGAUUCACAAGAGUCACUAGCAGAAAAGUUUGACAUAAAUAUACAACCUAACAAAUUAGAUGGAAGAAACAAAUCGUGUCGAUUCGAUGACUCUUUGCAAACUUUUGAAGUUUCGUAUAAUACAAAUGCAUAUAUCGAACGAUUAGCUCGAAAACAAGAACAAGUUUUGCCGAAAGUAAAAAAACAUCUUUUUCAUUCACAUAAUUAUAAUGCAGUUAACUACUUACGAGACGCAAGUCCUUGUAAUUUCAAUGUAAAAUCAUCGAAAACAUCAUCUCAACAAACCAAAUUACAUAAAUGUGAAAAGAAUGAUGUCAAACAAGAACUUUUACAGAAAAAUCCACACAAUCGGAACCAAAAUGUUCUUUUAAACAGUGUCAACGCAAGAGCGAUACCGUCAACAUUAAACUUCCCCCGUAAGAAUAUUCAAACCGACAAAAGAUUUAGAGAAUCUACAUGUAAAGAAAUAUUUAGUAAAGCAGACAUAGAACGCGCUAGGAAUCGAGCUAAUUUAAGUCAUUGCAAAGGACAAUGUUUGGAUUCUACCAGAUGUCAACAUAAUGUCUCACAAGCGCAUCAUUUUCAUAAAGGAGCUGUGCAACCCAGAAUCUUACAUGAUGAUCAUAAUAGCAGCAUGGAUAAUUGUAUUAAUUCAUCCAGUGAUGUACCAUUAUUGUUACUGCAAAAACAUAAUGCAUAUACGUACCCGAAAGUGAUCGACGAUCAGCAUUGCUCUGUGAUGCUACAAAAUAUUACUCAACCUAUAAAAUAUUUAGCUCUAAACAACAAUUCGGAUAUCCAACGAAUUCCUGUGUAUAUAAAUGACAAAGAUGUUAUAGAAAGUGUCCCACUAAAAGUAAUAACUCUAGUAAAACCAAAUGCUCAAACGGAAGAACUGUAUUUCCACAAGAAAUACAAUUUACGACGCGAAUAAUACCAUUGGAAACGAAUGAUCUGUAGUUUGAUAAUCUUGCAACAUUUAAGACUAGCAAUCAGUCUUUUGUAAAGCGUUUAGAUUCUAUGAUAGUGUUUAGUCGAAUAUUUGAUUCGCAAUCUAAUACAUGCUCUUCGAAAUUGUAAUAAGAAUAGAUGUGCAAUUGUAGGUUUAUCAUGUGAUUAACAAAGCAAUGAAAGCAUAUCGAUUAUGUUUCUUGCAGAAAAUGAUUACAAAACAUAAAUGCUUGUUAUUAAGAUAAAAGUUAUAUUUAGAAAGGCAAAAAAAAUACGUUUAUAUAAACCUAUAGUUACUCUAUAAUCUAUUUUGUGAAAACGUAGGAAAAGCCUGAAAAGUAAUAUAUUUUUGGAAAUGGCUUGUAGAUGGGAAAGGGAGUGUGUUUGAAACUUAAUAUAUAUAAAAAUUCUUCCUUAUUUAUCUUUCUAUAUAUACGAGCUAUGUAAUUCUAACACCAAAUAUUUUCUUAAUCAAUAAUUAAUAUUUGAUUUGGUAUGGAAAAUGAAAAUACAAAACUACCUGUAAUAGUUGGAACAUAUAUGUAUUAUUAUGUUACCGUUAAGUCAUAAUUCUUGGACAUCAAAUAUUUAACAUAGGAGAAAUUCAUUUUCGUCAAUUUCACAGCAAUAUCGAUACAUAUAUUUGUGAAUUUCUGAGAAUACGUGUGAUAAUAGCUUGUAAAUAAAUAUCGCAGAACGCAAAGUGUA